GGACGUUUGGUUGGGGAGAAAGGUAGGAGAUUGAUUCCUACAGUAGAAAUGGGAAACCCCGGAAUUCCGAGGGCAUCCAGUGGCCGGGGGCUUCGGUGGUUUAGGGCCAAGAUGAAGGAGCUACAUGGAAAUUAUAUCCACAUCAUGAAGAAGAAAGGAAGAGGAAGGACAAGCAGACAGAGAAGAAGAAAAUCAUUUAGAACCUCAGAAUUGAGUAAAGUGAGUGAGAGCCACAAAUCGGAAUUUAUAGAACUUAGGAAGUGGCUGAAAGAAAGGAAAUUUGAAGAUUAUAACCUAAGGCCAACAAGAUUUUCAGGCACAGGAAGAGGACUGAUGGCUGUAAAAUCCUUGCAGCCAGGAGAGCUGAUUAUUUCAUUGCCUGAGAAGUGUCUGCUCACUACUGACACGGUAAUUAAAAGCUACUUGGGAGAUUACAUUACCAAGUGGACGCCUCCAGUAUCGCCCUUGCUGGCCCUGAGUGCCUUUUUGAUUUCAGAAAAACAUGCAGGAAACAAGUCUCCCUGGAAGCCUUACCUGGACGUUUUACCGGAAGUCUAUACUUGUCUUGUUUGUUUAGAACCACGAGUGGUGAGACUUCUGCCUAAACCUUUACAAAUGAAAGCCCAAGAGCAGAGAACACAUGUUCAGGAGUUGUUUGUUUCUUCCAGAAGGUUCUUUUCUUCCCUCCAGUCUUUAUUUACUGAGGAUGUGGAACACAUUUUUCACUAUGACGCUUUUCUUUGGGCUUGGUGUACCAUCAACACCAGAACGGUGUACAUGAAACAUGCACGGAAGCAGUGUCUUUCGGCAGAGCCAGAUGUGUAUGCUUUAGCUCCAUAUUUAGAUCUGUUGAAUCACAGCCCAGGAGUUCAGGUAAAAGCAGCAUUUAAUGAGGAAACUCAUCAUUAUGAAAUUAGGACUAUUUCAGGUUGCAAAAAAUAUGAAGAACUAUUCAUCUGCUAUGGCCCUCAUGAUAACCACCGGCUGCUUUUAGAAUAUGGAUUUGUUGCCAUCAAUAAUCCACAUAGUGCUGUUUAUAUAUCAAUAGAUAGCCUUGUUGAUCACCUUCCUUCAGUGGACACGCAGAUGAAUAAGAAGAUUUCCCUUUUAAAGGAACAUGGCUUUUCAGAGAAUUUAACUUUUGGAUGGGAUGGGCCCUCUUGGAGACUGCUUACAGCCAUUAAGUUGUUAUGUCUUGGAAUGGAUGAAUUUACAUGCUGGAAGAAAGUGCUUCUAGGUGAAGUAAUUUCUGAUACAAAUGAAUGGAAGAGUUUGGUCUUGUCCAGAAAAAUAUGCUCUUAUUUCAUAGACAAGACUAAAACUGCACUUCAGAAGAUUUCCCAUAUGAAGGAUGAGGAAGCCGCCCUGAAAGACCAGUUAACUUUGGUAGAGAAUUUAUGGGUAGAAGAACUAAAGAUUCUUCAAGUGUCUGCAGAUAUUCUAAAGAAUAUGCAUCAAGAAACCACCUGACCUGACCAGGGUUAUUUGCUCUGCCUUUGUGGUGUGUGACUUUUGUGGGAUAAUCCUACAAAUCCUACAUAAUCCUUUGAUUAUGCGUUUUGAUGACGUUCUGUUGUUUGCAAAAACAUCACCUUGUCAUGAAGCAAUUAUUAAGCACUUCCUGUGUUCCAGUCUCUAUGUUCAGUGCAGAAAGCACUACUAUAAAAGGAAGAUAGUCCCUGUCUUCAGGGGGAUGCAUUCUAUAGGGGAAUAUAACGUGUUCACAAAUAAGCAAAUAUCAGAUAUAUUCAAAAGAAAUGGGGAGCAGCAGGAAAGGGGCACUAGCAACUGGGUAAAUCAAGAAAACCUCUUGAAAGAGAUGGCAUUUGAGCAGAGCCUUGAAGGGGUUUAGGGGUUCCAAAAGUACAAGGAAGGAAGAACAUUCUAGGCUUGGGGUGAUAGUUGGUGAGAAGAUGUGGAGGCAAGAGAUUGAAUAUCACAUUCAGCAAGAUGUCACACACAUGUGAUAUCUCGUAUGGCCCAGAAGAGGGCUGAUUUGGCCAGAGGACUGUGGAAUCAGCCUGGAAACUUAGGCUGGAUGGAGCUAGAUUUUGAAAGGUUUAAAGAAGGCUGAUCCAUACAGAUCCACUUGUCUUCAGUUCUUUGCUACCAUUUAAAACACAUGCACACAAUAUACAUGUAUUAUUAGUAUAUUAUAGUAAAUAU